AGGACAUUCGUGGCUGGCAAACACAAGCGAAGAUUGGUUCAAAAAUCGGGAGAGUGCAAUGUGACCAGCUGUAAUGUGACCAAGAGGAAACAAAAAUAUUUCUUUGAUAUAUUCACAACGCUAAUUGACAUGAGGUGGCGUUUUCACACUCUAUUAUUUUUUGCCGCUUUUGUAACGACGUGGUGCGUCUUUGGUUUCGUUUGGUUUCUCAUUGCAAUUGCCCAUAAAGAUCAUAUCAGUCAUGCUAACGAAACAAGUACGCCGUGCGUCACUAACGUUUACGACUAUACGUCAGCUUUGUUAUUCAGCAUUGAAACUCAAACGACAAUAGGCUAUGGGUACAGGGUAAUUCAAACUGAAUGUCCGUUUGCAAUUUUUGUUUUAAUGAUGCAGUCAUGCAUUGGUUUAUUAAUUCAAUCUUUUAUUACUGGCGUUAUAUUCUCAAAACUUUCACGACCUAAAGGUAGAUCCCAAACUAUUAUGUUCAGCGAAAAAGCCGUUAUCAGCAAAAGGGACAAUGAAUACAACCUACAAUUUAGAGUUGGAGAUAUGCGCAAGUCUCAUAUUAUAGGAACCUCUAUACGAGCUGUCCUCGUAAAAAAUAGAUUGACCAGUGAAGGAGAAUCGAUUCCUUUAUGUCAAUUUCCGUUAGUCCUUGAAACGGAGAUGAGCCCAUCGGACAGCUUCGUUUUUUUAAUUUGGCCCGUGACCGUUGUGCAUAGAAUAAAUGAGAAAAGUCCACUGUGGACAAUGUCAUUAGAAAACUUGUUGCAGGAACAUUUUGAAAUUAUUGUGCUACUCGAGGGGACCAUAGAAUCAACCGGCAUGGCUACUCAAGUCAGAACUUCUUACAUCCCAAUAGAAAUUAUGUGGGGAGAAAGGCUGGUUCCCUUACUGACGUUUCAGUUACAAAAUGGUCGCUACGAAAUUGAUUAUAGUCAAUUUCAUAACACGUCGUCGAUAGAAAUGCCAGAGUGUAGCGCAAAAGAAUAUGCUGAA